UAGCCAUUUUCUGGUUUGCAAGUUUAAAUUGUGUAACAAGGGAAACAAAGGACACCGAUUGGGGACUCGGCGUCUCAAUUAGCGCACAUCCACUCUCAAUAGUGGCGGUUUGAUUCGGGCAAAAAUGUUGUCCCUGUCGUCUUUUCAGCCACAGCAGAUGAUUGUGCCCUUCAGCCAGCUCAUCAGUGGUCUCCACUCCCUGAAGAACACAGCCACAGCUUCAGUGCAGACCCUGCACAAAGACCUAAGUCCUGAGCACACCUGGCUUCCAAAAGAGCCAAAUGUGAAACUUCGAGAGUUGGGUCUGUCGGACGUUAGGGAGAGUCAGCUGGAUGAUUUGAUCAGCAGGUUGCUACCCGCUUUCGGUCCAGAGGAACCACCCGUCGUUCCCUCCGUAUGGAGGGCGAGUCAUGUUUCCACAGACACGUUCUUUCACAACAAGCACGGGUUCUCACACAGAAGGCCGGGGGGCUUCUUCUCGCCAACAUUCCACUGGCAAACGCAAAGACCUCUCAAAGAACUUUGUUCCGAGCUUCAGUUCUUACCCUUCUUGAUCCAAAGUCGAGGUUUCAAGACUCCCAGACGAAAGACCAAACGAAGAGAGCAUGAUGACGCCCAUUUAUUAACGCAAUAUAUAAAUGCCCUCUUUAUGAAGCAUGUUCCGGAUGUGGAAAGAGCCACACAUCCGCAGUCCAUGGAAGAACUUAUAAAACACAGGAAACUCUCUGUGAGCCAACAUGAGGCCUUCAAGUCGGGCUUCGCCGAGGGCUUUGUGCAAUCUCAGAGCACUUUACAGAGAACACAACAAGAAAGCUUGAAGAAAACCUGGCUGGUUGUGUUGGUGUGUUUACUGAUAGCCUUAGUUUUUGUUGGAAAAGCCCCCUUUUUCUCGGGUAAAGGCUCCUUUUUUGACGCAGUGAGGUUCCACACCAGAUUCCUGGGCUCGGCCAUCGACCCCAGGCAAAUAAAUGUGACUUUCGAGCACGUUAAAGGAGUCGAGGAGGCAAAGAAUGAGUUGCAGGACGUUGUGGAGUUCCUCAAGAACCCUAAGAAGUUCACAGUUCUGGGUGGGAAGCUGCCCAAAGGGAUCCUCCUGGUCGGGCCGCCCGGCACCGGCAAGACCCUCCUGGCCCGAGCCGUCGCCGGUGAGGCGGAUGUACCCUUCUACUACGCCUCUGGGUCUGAGUUUGAUGAGAUGUUUGUGGGUAUUGGCGCCAGCCGCAUCAGGAACCUCUUUAGGCAGGCGAAAUAUAGCGCCCCUUGUGUCAUCUUCAUUGAUGAACUGGACAGCGUCGGCGGUAAGAGAUUAGAGUCUCCCGUACAUCCAUACGCCAGACAAACCAUCAACCAGUUGCUGGCUGAAAUGGACGGGUUCAAGCCAAACGAGGGCGUCAUCGUCAUCGGCGCAACCAACAUGGCCGAGUCUCUGGAUAGCGCACUGAUCCGACCGGGCAGGUUCGACAUGCAGGUGACCGUCCCUCGGCCGGACGUGAAGGGACGGACAGAGAUCCUCAACUGGUACUUCACCAAGAUCAAAGUAGACUCUGGGGUCAACGCUGAGGUCAUCGCUCGAGGCACGGUGGGCUUCUCGGGGGCGGAGCUAGAGAACCUAGUCAACCAGGCCGCCUUAAAGGCGGCGGUGGACAAGAAAGAGCGGGUCACCAUGAAAGAUCUGGAGUUCGCUAAGGACAAGAUCCUCAUGGGCCCCGAGAGGAGGAGCGUGGAGAUCGAUAAGCAGAACAAGACCAUCACGGCCUAUCACGAGUCGGGUCACGCAAUCGUGGCGUACUACACCAAAGACGCCAUGCCCAUCAACAAGGCCACCAUCAUGCCUCGGGGAGCAACGCUCGGCCACGUGUCCCUCCUACCGGAGAACGACCGCUGGAGCGAGACCAAGGCUCAGCUGCUGGCUCAGAUGGACGUCAGCAUGGGGGGUCGCGUGGCGGAGGAGCUCAUCUUUGGCGACGACUACAUCACCACAGGCGCCUCCAGCGACUUUGACGGAGCAACCAAAAUAGCCAAUAUGAUGGUCACCAGGUUCGGCAUGAGCGACAAGCUGGGCGUCAUGACUUACGGCGAUGUGUCCAAGCAGAGCCCUGAGACACAAGCCGCCAUCGAACAGGAAGUUCGGUUGUUACUGAAGGACUCGUACGAACGCGCUAAAAACAUCCUGAAGACGUACAAAAAGGAGCACGAGAAGCUGGCCGACGCCCUCCUCCUACACGAGACUCUGGACGCCAAGGAGAUCCAACUGGUGUUGGAGGGCAAACCGCUGGACCACUAGACUGACUUGUGUACAUAAAACAAUGCUGGGGUUAAUUUACCCAAAGUAGUCUAUUUUUUUUAAAGAAUGUGUGAUUGGAUGAACAACCAAGAGGUACACCAUGAAUUAAAAACAUUAAUGGUGCUUUUAUUUAUUUAUAAUGGAACGUUCAAGUACCUCAAAUAGAACUUAUUAGUCACGGUUGCAUGCGCUUUUUUUUUGUCCGUAUGUAUAGUCAUUAGGGGUGUAACGGUACGUGUAUUUGUAUUUAACCGUUUCGGUACGGUUCGGAGGUGUACCGAACGAGUUUCCACACGGACAUAUUAAGUAGCGUACGGCACGUUGUGUAAAUAAUGCACACCGAGGCACAACACACAUGCUAGCAACGACCGGGCUACGAUAGACUGACCAUACGUCCUCUUUUCACCGGACGUGUCCUCUUUUGCGGGGCUGUCCGAGCAAAGUUUCUUAAAUGCCUCAAAUGUCCGGCAUUUUGAGUUAGAGUUGCGUGGAUUUUCAAUGUACGUUCAGGGUUAAGGAGGGGUUAAAAACAAAACUAAUUGUGCGUGCAGCAGCAUCCGUGAGGGAGGGGCAGAGAGAGUUAUGAUAAACGCGCAUGCGUCGCCAGGCUCUGCUUUUUAUCCUUAGAUUUAUCAGAUUUAAUUUUUUAUUAUCUAUAGCAGGGGUGUCAAAAGUGUGCCCCGGAGGCCAUUUACGGCCCACAGCAAAUGUUUUAAAGGCCCACGGCACAUUCUAAAAAUACUAUUAAAAUAAACAAAAACAUAACAAAAGUGAAAUAAAAAAGCUUAAAGGUUAAAUGUAAUUUAGAAAAAGUUGCAAUGUUGACUAAUAAAACAAAGCUGUUUAUUUUUUCUUUCAAACUGUCAUUGCUCAAAACAUAAUAUUGAAUCAAAAUCAAUGUUAUUAUGAAUUAUUGACCUAUCCAAGGUUCCGAUUACUUCACAUCAAAUAUUCCACUAAGAAAAAUAUUUUUGGUGGAAGAUUUUGCAAAUUUGGUAAAUAAAUAACCCAAAAACUUAUAUUUCGUUGUUUUCUUACUGUACCGAAAAUGAACCGAACCGUGACCUCUAAACCGAGGUACGUACCGAACCGAAAUUUUUGUGUACCGUUACAUCACUAAUAGUCAUCCUUUUUUUUUUUUUUCAAUUGGUGGACUUCUAAUGAGAUGAAACGUGUAAAUAAGCGUGUAUGUCCUGUUGCUCCGAAAUAAAGGUCACUUGUUCAAAGUCA